AUGGCUGCUGCAAGCUCCAGCAAACCAACAGUGCUUCACCUCGGCGAUGCAAUCAAAUACAAUCACGAAUUCUACAAUAACGAGUUUUCCUCGCGGUUUAAUGUCAUUCAAGCCACAGAGACUGACCGCGAGUCGUUUAUACAAGCUCUGAAAACAAAGAAAUAUGGCAAUUUCUCAGCUUUGUUCAGACCACACUUUCAAACUGGUGGGUUUAUGGGCCAGUGGGACUCUGUACUAGUCCCCCUACUCCCACCAUCCGUCCGCAUAUUCGCCUCUGCCGGCGCCGGCUUCAACUGGGCAGACACCGACCUCCUAGGCUCUCACAAAAUCUGGUACGCCAACGGAGCUGGGGCAUCUGAUGAGGCAGUCUCUGAUACAGCAUUAUACAUGGUUUUGGGCGUCUUUCGAAAUUUCACACGCUCGCAAUUAGCCGCGAGAACGGCGGAUGUUGACACAUUCAAUGCCACGCACAAACUGAUUGCCACUAUUUCGCGGAAUCCCAGGAACCAUGUGCUAGGUAUCGUGGGUUUCGGAAAUAUCAGUAAAAAGCUGGCUUACAAGGCUAAGACGGCAUUGGGAAUGAAGAUUCAUUAUUUUGAUAUUGUGCGUGCUACUCCGCAAGAGGAAGAGGCGCUGGGUGCUACAUAUCAUUCAUCGUUGGAUGAUUUGCUCAAAUUAGCCGACUGUAUCUCACUGCAUACGCCGCUCAAUAAACAUACUCAAGACCUGAUAGGAAAGGAACAGAUUGCACUCAUGAAGCCGGGUAGUAGGAUUGUCAAUACUGCCAGGGGUCAGGUACUCAAUGAGAGUGCAUUGAUUGAUGCGUUGCAGAGUGGUCAUAUCUCGGCUGCAGCCCUGGACGUGCAUUACCAUGAGCCACAGGUCUCGCCUGAACUUGCAAAGAUGGAAAAUGUAACCCUAACGACGCAUAUCGGCGGAGGGGCCCUGGAGACAAGGAUUAAUUUUGAGUUGAAUGCAAUGAAGAAUAUUAUCGCUGUCGUUGGUGAGGACGGCAACUUCAAGGGAGAGCCGAUUACUCCAGUCAACAGAAAAGCCUUCGAAGCGGCCACGUCUAGUUAA